GACAGGUUGAUUCAAACUUCAUGAGUGUAAUGUGAGACUGAGCCACUUCUACUGUUCACCAGUGCAAUGGGCCAAAUACCCGUUCAAUUGACAAUGGUAUGUUUCCAAUGCUUGUGGUAAUAGUAACGUGCAUUAUAAUUGGAGGGAAUAAGACGGUAGUUGAACUGCCAAUACUUGACAACGUCUUUCUUUCUUCUUUCAAAAGAACAAGGCGCUUGUAUGUACACAGCGUCUAUGUAUGUACACGCAUAGUCCAACAAAGUCCAUUCAUUCUAUCUUCCCCAAGGCAGACUUGCUCCACGAUGCAUUGUUGGUAUUGUGAGACAAUAAACAUGUGUCAGUGUGCUUAGGGUAGGGCUGACGGGGCACAGCAAGAGGCCAAACUUGUUCUGCUUGGCUUUGCAGUGACUCGUGGGUUAGAGAAAAAGAAGCAUUUCCAAGGGCUAAAGAAUGGUCUUCCUCG